AUGCUGGAGGGGUUGGGAAUACCCCACGCUGGUACAAGCUCCAGUCCUCUUGUCAUUGGAAACGACGACCCAGGCCACCUCUCUGCGAAGGAUCGACUUCGGAUGGAACCUUUCGACAGUUCUAUUUCCGUCACUGGAAUUUUCAGUGGCAAGACCAAGGCAAAUAUAUCGACAAAACAGGAGAGCUCUUGUCAGCCCCGGGAAGCGAGGACACCCGAGGGGCCAAAGUCUUUCACAACCACGGCCAAGGGGGUGAUCAACGCCGGCGAUAUCGUGCGCAAGACGAGUGUCAACAGUCUUAUGUCCUCCGGCAGUGCCGUGCCUUUGGAGGAGAGGCAGGAAGCCCCACUCAGCGCAGGAGCUGCAGACGUGGUGAUCCAAGGGGACGAGGGAGUGGGCAAGACCGCGCUCACCCGUCAGUUCAGCAGCUCGGAGUAUAUGGGGACCUACAACAACGCCACCUCCACGGACGGUGAUAUGACAGAGACCACAAUAGUGCCUGUGUUACUGGACGGCGAGGAGUCCGUGAUGGAGUUUAUUGACGGUGCCGACGCCUACCAGAUCGAUGACGUACAUGUGGAUGCUUACAUCGUCGUCUUCUCUAUCGUUGACCGGAAUUCCUUUGUGGUGGCCUCUGACCUAGCGCGUCAGCUUCGGGUGAACAUGGGCACAGACCGGGCCAUCAUAUUGGUCGGGAACAAGUCAGACCUGGUCAGGAAGAGACAGGUCAACACUGAAGACGCUCGCCAGGUUGCCACGACCUACGACUGCAAGUACACUGAGACGUCUGCCGCGCUCAACCACCAGGUAGAUGAACUUGUGGCGGGAACCUUGGCUCAGAUCAGGCAUCAGCUCCUCCCCCCAGUUCACGAGCUGGCCCCGCCCCCUCCAAUGAAGACAAGAAGCCGCACCCCGUCCCCAGUCUCGUUCUUCCACCGACUCUUCAAGAGGAACCCCAAAGGAUCGGCGUCGUGUGAAGGAAUCUUUAUGCAAUAAGCAAAACUCUGCGUCCACUCAGGAGACACUUUCCUCUGAAUUCCAUUUAAGCUAACAUAACCGGGAAAGGAUAUAUUAUUAUGAAGACUACAGUGGGCAAAAUAGUUACUUUUUAUGAAGGUGGAGAGAAUGGAAAUUCAAAGUUGGAAAGUUCGUCUUAUACAUGAUAUAAUAUACGGUAGCAUUUCUUCAAUCUUAUAAAGCAUAGAAGAAAGUUCAAUUUCUAAAGAAUGUAAUAUGGAAAAAAAUGUAUGUUUUUUAUUUUAGAUUCUGACAUAUGACAUAUCUGGGGGUUUUUCCGUUGGAGUCUUCACAUGCCUUUCUCAAACUUCAGACAUCAAUAAAGGAUUUCCUAUUUAUCGUCAGUCUGUUAAUUUCUUUGAAAACAAAGCCAAAUAAAGCCGACCUAGACACGAAUAGACUGUUUUUGAAGAAGGGAAGGAAGAUUCUAGUCCAAGAUUAUAACUGAGAAACUGUUGCGUCGGAAUAGCAGUCCGCUAAUGGGGAAGUUACACAUCCUCUUAGAGAGGGCACCGGCUAUCUAUACCCCUGGCCUGCUCAAGACUGGCCAUUAACCGGUUAAGAGCAUUCUAUUUUUGUCCCUACGUCUUGUUGCGAGCCUAUUUUAAAAUUAGGGCUGACCCGACUGUUAAUAAGACCUACCUGCUCGACGCUUGCGAGCAAUUAGGGUCCUCAAGCCCACUCAUGACUGUGCAUUACCCUACAGAAAACUAAAGUUUUAGUCUAACUUUGUUUCUUAUGAAUCACUGAACAAUAUCCCCAAUUUCCCUUGCUUGGAUCGACCUUGUGAUUUCUAGCAAAAGCAAAGACAUCGUUAAUCUAAGGACGAUUUCUCGUGUAAUUUAUUUUAUGAUGAUGCGUUUUAAUUUGUUGUAAUGAAUGAAUAGUAAAAAUCAAUUAUUUCUCCUAUAAAGUAACGACCGCUUGAUCUUUAUGACCGAACAAGAGGGGCUAGUUUAAACGAAAAGUGUCGUAGAGCAGUGCGUAAAGUGUUUUCUCAACAACAUAAUUACAUAAUAUGUAUAUUCCCAUUGCCAGUUUCAAAAUGUCAUGAAACAUUUCUUCUUUUACUAAACACGCACAAUGCACCAGUAGCUUGUUAUUAGAGAUGAUUCUGAUAAACGGACUGCCUUUUACGCCGUACUGUACGCAGAUAGCUCACGUCGUGGACGGGUUAAAUCACCGUUACUCAAGCUAAUAAUAUGUUUACUUAGAGAACGUGAGUAGCUAUUACACCAUAGUCGCCUAUUUCGUUGUUACAGACACUUUUGUGCCAUGUCAUAGUUUAUUUACCGUCAUAAGUAUCAGCAUUUGAAAGUUACUUCUCAGAGUAACCAAGGUUUCUUUUGAUAGAAAAAGGCUUGCAGACAAGUUGAGAGAACACGUAUAUUUUUCAUAAGCCCUAAAUUUCGCCUUUGCUUACUUCAAUGAGCUGCAGAGUAAAUUGACGGCUUGAUGUGAUUUUCUAGCACUGCUAGCCAAAAUACCGACAGCUUACCCCAUUAUAAGCCCUCUUUGCAGAUUGUACUGGAAUAUUAACUGUUAACAAGAGCUGGUACUGAGAUUGUGUGGUCUUCUGAAGUUUUUUACAUCACACGCAAAAUUCUGAUGCGUUAUUACUUACUGUCUAUAUUCAGUGUGUCCAUAGAAAGUAAUGAAAAAUUUUAAUCAAUGUGAUUAGAUCAUUCCAGACCAACCGAUAGGAACUGAAGACAUUGAUAACAAAAAGAACGACUUUGUUUAGAUUUUAAAGAAUUAACAAUCUCAGCUUCAAUCACAGAGUUCAUUAAUGUUCUUAUGGAGAUUACCCUGAGCGCCAAGACACCAGUAGCCUAACAAAAGUCCUUUUAAAUGAAGCCGAGCAGAAUCAGUUCUGAAUAACAAAAUUCUUCGAAUCAUUGUACCACAGAAAAGAA